UUUUCGUUCUUUCUAGUGGCCUACUGGCCCUAGACACAGCCAAAUGCAUGAGCUUUUCGCCCAUGCGCUUUUCGCUGCUUGACAUUUAACAGCUGAGCUGCUCAUCGGAGCGCCCCGAAGGGCACAUGAGAUGUACUGGAAGGUCGUGGGUGGCGCAGAGAAAGGGGGCAUUUUGGUGCGGGAAGGAGAGGAGUUGAGCUCCCCUGAGCUUGGUCGCCUCUCCUUCGCCGCGUUGGUGACCGAGCUUGGGCGCUCGAAGCAACGCUUGCACUUCAAAUUGGUCGCUGGCACAGGCCCAUCGGAAGGAUGGAUUUCUCUCCACCUUCAAGGCCGCCCCUUAGCGAUGUCCCUGGGGCGCUCCACCGCAUCAGCGGCGUUGCUGCUUUGGCGUCAGCAGCGGCCGCAGGAGGCGCUCCAAGUGCUGGAGUCAGAGAUGGAGCGCCCAGAGGGCUUAGAGGAGCUGCACUUGGCACUGGAGAUCUGCCUAGGCCGCUGGCCCGAAGCGGCUGCCCGAGCACUGCAGCUCCGCCAUGAAGAUGCGCAGCGCUUGAUCGACGGCUGGCGCGCGGCGCCCGGGCGCUUCGCGCCGAGCCCGGCGCUCUUUUGGCCGGAGCCGAAGGAGGUCAUGCCAGGCAUUUGCCAAAUCGACGACCUGAUCCCUAUCCCCACGGAGGAGGUGAAGCUGGGUGUCCGCUUUUUCUUGCAAAGCGAAAAUGGACGAGAUCCGGAGCCUUCCAAGCCCAUGGUUCUGUACUUCCAUGGCAAUGCGGAGACCGUGGACACCUACACCGAUGAAGACAUCCUACAUCCCUUGCGCGUGGCUCCUGCCAGCACGUUGGUGGUGGACUUCCGUGGCUAUGGCUACUCCACGGGACAUCCCUCGCUGGGCACCAUGAGCAGCGACGGAGAACGUGUGGUGGAGUACUUGCCGACGCUCUUCCAGAGACAUGCACUGCCAUGGCCCUGGCCAGGUGGGCUCUACCUCUUGGGUCGCUCCAUGGGUGGCAUCGUCGCGUGUCAUUUGGCGGCCCUCAAAGCGGAUCUCUUCCAGGGGGUCAUCUUGGAAUCCACGCUCUGUGGCAGCCACGCUCCGGGAGCUUCAGCUCCUGAGGAACCACCGCAGGAGUUGGAAGAUGGGGAUUCCUUCGUGCAUUUGAUGGCCAGUGAGGACAAGAUCAGAGCUUUCACCGGCAGGCUUCUGAUCCUCCACGGAGAGCUGGACACCCUCAUCCCGGUAUCCCACGCCCGGCGCUUGUUGGACGCCGCCGAAUACGCCACGCGACGACUGGUGACCGUGAGCAAGGGCCACAACGAUAUCUCCACCAGUGACAAGUAUGUGAAGGCAUUGAAACAAUUCCUCCAGGGUGGCUGAUUCGCGAGGGGCGGCCCUCUCUGGUUGGGGAACGACCUGCAGAAUGGGCAAAACCAGCUGUCGAAGAGAAGCGAACAUCGAACGCCUCGUUGCGAACAUCGACGGAAUGGGCUUGCUUUUGGUUUGACGUGGCGAAGGACGGUCGAUCCUGAGUCACCUGCGACCUCCGCGGAUGGCGAAACGGUGUGUCGCGCCCAGGUCGCGGGCAGCCCGGCGCA